AUGACGUCGGCGAAGCCGGAGGAGGUCACCGUCUCCGAUGGCGUGCUGGCCAAGCUGGAGCGGGAAUUCAAUGAGGCGAUGGAGGCGUUGGAGGGUCAUGAAAAGUUUGGUAUUUUUCGUGACGAGUACGAAAAUCUGUACCGGGCAUUGGUCAACAGCCAUGAGUCGGAGAAGCGGCUGGUGCGACGGUGCCAGCAGAUGACGCAGGAGCUUAUGAGUAACGCGGCCAAGAUGCAGGCCGCCGUGAAGCUCUCGCAGGGCGACCACAGCACCAUUGAGGCGCUCAAGAAGGAGAUCGAGAAGGCCUGGCGCAUGGUGGACACCGCCAACGAGAAGGACGCUCGCGCGAAGGAGACUAUUAAGACGCUCAAAGAGGAGGUCUUCUCGCUGCAAGAGAUUGUGGAGAAUGGCACCGAGCUCACCUCCACCCAGACCGCCACGCUAGAGGAGCUGAAGCUGGAAAAGAAGCGCAUGCAAUCGGAGUACGACGAUCUCGUCAAGCAGAUGGAGACACUGACGCGGGAGACACUUGAAACAGGCCAGAAGAUAAAGGAGCUCGAGGCGGAGAUAAUGAACAACCACGAGGAACUGCGCCAUGUCUCUGACCGGGAGAAGAUGGUGCGGCAGGAAUAUGAAAAGGAGGUGAAGGCGCAGGAACGGUCUGAGGUGCAGGUGCGUGAGCAGAUCCUCCUUGUACAGCAGCAUGAAAAGGAACUGAAGAUGCAUGAGCAGUUAUGCAACAAACUCACCGCCGCCGUCAAUCUCCUGCGGCUGCAGCACCAGGACGAUCAGAAUAAACACCAGGCGCUUGUUCAAAAGGUUGAGACGGCAGAGAAGCAGCUGUUUCACACGCAACAAUCGUACGACGACGCCGUGGACACAACAGAGGCCCUAAAUGAACGCCACCGAGCUGUUCGGAAGGAGAUUACAGAGGCGGAGAAGAAGGCUGUAGAAAUACGUGCGGAGGAGCAGCGUAUUCAUCGGGUACGGGACCAUGACUUUAAGGAACUCCGCCGUCUUGUGCAGCAGAACGAAGACAUACGGCGUGGCCAAGCGAACCUGGAACGGCAAAAGAUAACUCUUUGGAAACGCAUCGAGACGGUGCGGAGGGAAAAGGAAGACUUACGUCGUGCCUUUGAUGUUAUGCAGCGGGAAAAAGAUACGUUAAUGAAGUUCGCCGAGAAGGAGCGGGAGAAGAUACAGGAAAUUGAAAAACUAAUCGCGAACGAGGUUGAGUCCCAGGCGGAAAUUGAGGAUGCCAUUGCCCGUGAGCGUGAGACUGGCGCACGUCUACGGCAAACGGUGGUGCGGUUGGAGAGCGAGAGGGAGAAGUACGUGCAUGAGGUCUCGCAAGUCUCACUGCACCAGGCCCAGGCGCAGGAGGAACUGAAGAUUGCCAGAAUCACCUGCGAGGAAACCCAAAAGGCGAUUGACGAGAGUGAACAGAAGCUUAAAAAGCAGCAGAGUCGCUAUGAGCAGGUGCGAUCAGAGAGGAAUCUUUACUCUAAGAAGCUCAUUGAGGCCCAGGAUGAGGUGGUGGAGUUGAAGCAAAAGUUUCGCAUGAUGGACCACCAGAUUCUUCAGCUGAGGGAGGAACUUGCGAUGAAGGACAAGAAGUUUCAAGAGGAGUCUAGUGCCCAGAAGGUGUUAAAGGACAAGCUCACAAAGGUUCGCAAACUCGUGAACGAGCGUACCGUCGCCUUUGACGACGCGAACCAGCAGUGCGAGCAUGUGGGGCAGCAGAUCAAGCAACUUGUGAAGGUCAUUAACCAGUGCGACAAGGAUCUCAGCACGCAGCAACAGAGGUUCCUGGCAGUGAGUGGGGAGCGCGACCUUCUGGGCACCCAACUCAUACGGCGCAACGACGAACUGGCCCUCCUCUACGAGAAGGUGCGCACGCAGCAGGAGAUGUUGAUCCGCGGAGAGGCCGCCUACCGGGCGCGGAUAGAAGACGUGCGGCUGUUGCGUUUAAAAAUAGAAGACAUGAAACGAAAGUCCCUCAUCGCUCACAACCGUGCACACCACACGGAGCAGCUUAAAGCCGACAUCAAACAACUAAACUACGAUCUGCGGGCGCAAAAGACGAAGGUGCAAGCUCUCACAGAGGAGGCGGAGAACCCGAAGAAUGCGCUCCGUUGGGAAAGCAUCUCUGGACGCGACCCAACACCGGAGGAGUUGGAACAGAAAAUCACACGGUUGCAGCGUUGUCUCAUCACCAAGUCAGAGGAAUGCAUCGAGAAGGACAUGGAACUUCAGGAGAAGCAGCGCCUAGUGACGGAGAUGCAGAACAUUCUCUCCCGCCAGCCGGGAAUGGAGAUGGCACGGCAGCUAAACCUGAUGCAGAAGGAGUUGGGCCACAUGAACGCGGUGAUGAAGCAAAAGGCGUCAGAGCUCAACAUGACAUCAACGCACAUUUCUGAACUGAAGUACGAGGCGGAGCGUCUGAGACGCGAACUUCACGAAACAAAGAGGAAGUACUACGAAACGCAAAUGAGCAACGACAAACUAUUAGAAAAGCUCUCCCAGGCCAAGCAAGCAACGGUCUUCCCUCCAUUGUGA